AUUGAAGGAAAAGGGUGUGGACGCAUUGACAUUUUCCAAUAUACACAAGACAUUGAGUUGAGGAUAAUAUCUUGAUAGACAAGAUGCGCACCAAUUACCUACUGAUGGUCUUGACUGGAGGGGUGGCGGGACUUGUGGUUAUCCUAUAUUUGUCGUCAACUUCUCACAUGGAAAAAUUUGAGGUUCAAAAUCGCAGCAUAGAAGCUAAAUGUAACUGCGAAGGUCAAGGUCAGUCUCAACCUCAAUGUGAACCUGCGCAGGCAAAACCAAUUUUUGAAAAAACGGGAGAUACCCAGACAUCGCUGAAUCCUAUUCAUAAUCGAUAUGUUGCUCUGACCAAUGAUUUAUCAGAGUGUGACUGUAGUGGCUACAUGGAGGGAGAGUGUCAAAAAUGCAAGAAUUGUGGCUGGUGUAUCGCUAGAGAUAAGGAUGGUAACGUCAUGCAGCAAUGUAUACAGGCCAAAGAUGGAAAACCAUUGACUGGAACGUGUAAUAUUAAAUGGUGUCCAGAAGGGGAUAAACCUUGUAAGAUGUAUCGUAAGCUUGUCAUAUUUGGAAAUGGACCUUCCUUGAAGGGAUUCAAUUUCCAUGAAGUUCAAGGUGUAGAUUCAUUGGGAAUGAACCAGGCAUACAGGUACUGGAGCGAAAUUAAUUGGUAUCCUACAUACUAUUUCUCCUUUGACACCGUAGUUAAUGUUGACAGAUCCAAAGACAUUAUUGAGCUCAUAAACAAUUCUUCUACCAAUGGAAUAAAAAAGUUCUUCACACGUAGCAACUUUUAUGGAAGGGCACCACAAUUUAAAAACGACCCCAGAGUCCAAGUAUUUGAAGAUUACAGAAAAGGACGCCAUAUUGUCUCUAUUGUAUCUGCAAUCUCAACUGGUAACCUAGCAACACGGUUUGGCAUUCUCAUGGGAUACGAUAAAAUCCUGAUAAUGGGGAUUGAUAUGAACUAUGUGGAACAUAUAAAAGAAUCUGAGAAAUACAAAGGUGUUCUUAAAAUUAAAGAAACACCAGAUGAUAAUCCGAACUAUUUCUUCAAAGGCUACCAACAAAAAGGCGAUGUGUACAAUGUCCCCAAUAGUAAUGCUGUUCACGUGCCAGCAUUCAGGCAGAUGUUUGGAGAUGUUAAAAAACUUGGACUAAAGGUUGAUAUUUAUAAUGGGAGUCCGAUAUCAAAGCUUAAAGAAAUGUGCCCAUUUAUGACCUUUAAAGACUUUAUGGCUCUCUAAUUCUUGACAUGUUUGGAUUCAUAGUUCUCUAUCCGAGAUCAUCACAAUAUUUCAUUGAAAGACAAUCAGUCUUAGGGUCAUUACAAUAGAUCAUUUGAUUGACAAUAAGCCAUACAUUUUACAAAUGUCUUUUUAUGAGACAAUAAGCCAAAAACUCCAAAAAUUCCGAUAUAUACAUGUACAUUUAUUUUAUACAUGUACCUGGGUUAUAAUAGGUCAAGAAGACAAUCAGUCAAUCAAUAGACAACCAGUCAAAGACGUCGUCACAAAAUAUCAUUUAAUAGACAAUCAAGAAGCAAAUACAAAAUAAGUAUCCUUGAACAAUUGUCUGUAGGAUGUCUAACAUUUUGUGAAGUUUCUUGAUUGAAGUGAUGACUUCAUCAGCUCAGGGCAAACUUGCAGUGAGGGCAGAGUAUCAUAACGUGGCCGAUAACAAGGACACUACAUUUACUUGAUAUAAUGCUCAAUAGUUCAAUAGUUUGUUUUCACCUUCCUGAAUGAUAGGAAUGAGUGGUUCAUACAUAGUCGUUCAGUAUAACCGUUCAAUCAUGAUAAAUCAUAUUUAUGUUGUAUUAUAUCCUUUUUACAUGCAGUUAUUGUCUAUUCAGUCAUGUUUAGACUGUGGAAACAAUCAAUAUUUGCCAAUAGGUUGUGGUGGGAGCUAAUAAGACUGCGGUG